AAACAAGAAGAAUGUGGUGUAAAUAUCCUUUAAAUGAAUGAAAUCAUUCAAAAACAAUAUAAUUGAUUAUUUUUCGACAAUUUCAAUUAUAAAAACGCUUUCAAGUAGAUUAUAUUUUUUAGGAUUCUAUAAAAAAAAGAGAUUCAGAUGGCAGCACUAUACAAUGUUGUUAUUGGAAUUAUCGUUUAUAGGUUAGGUUACUGUUUUGUCAAAGUUUAGUACUGUCAUUGAAGAAUGUAAUUUCAUUUUUUCUCUUAAAAACUAUAAUAUUAUUCAAGUAAAUAAAAAUGGAAUGCAAAAUAAAAAAGUCGGUUAUACAUACAGGAACAAGUCAUAAGCCAGUUGAAAAUGGGGCAAAGGUAUUCUUUCACUUUCAAACUCGAUUGAAAGAUCAAGAUGAAACAAUUGUCGAUGACAGUAAGAAAAUGGGGAAACCCAUGGAAUUGGUUCUUGGGAAAAAGUUCAAAUUGGAAGUAUGGGAAACAAUUUUGGCAGCUAUGGCGCUGAAUGAGGUUGCCCGUUUUGAGGUUGACAAAAGUAUGGUACUAUCCUAUCCAUUUGUGUCAAAAACCCUGCGAGAUGCAAAUAAAAAAAAUGGCGAAGUCAGAAGACAUUGCUGUGGAAGCACAUUACAAGCCGAGGGAACCGGAUACGAAGACCUCAAUCAAAUGAUCAAAGAUCCGCAAGACUUGAUCUUCAUCAUUGAACUGUUGAGCAUAGAAAAUCCCGGGGAAUAUGAGAGAGAAACGUGGCAGUUCUCAGAUGAAGAGCGCUUGAGUAGUGUGCCGGUGUUGAGGGAAGAUGGCAACAAUCUCUAUAAGAAUAAUUUGUUCAAAGAGGCCUCCGAAAAGUACGCCAGAGCUCUGGGAUUUCUGGAUCAGCUGAUGCUCAAGGAGAAGCCAAGAGAUGUGGAAUGGAACGAGUUGAAUGCAAUGAGGAUUCCUCUUCUGCUGAACUACGCACAAUGCAUGCUACAAACCAAAAAUUACUACGCUGUCAUAGAGCACUGCACUACAGUUCUGGAGGCUGAUCCUACCAACGUGAAAGCGUUGUUCCGUAGAGGUCGAGCACACAUAGGCGCCUGGAACAAGGAAGAGGCGCGAGCUGAUCUGUCGCAGGCGAAAAAGUUGGACCCCAAAGUGACGUCACUCGUCAAUCAACAACUCGAAGCGCUAGACAAGAUGCUCAAAGAGAAAGAGAAGCAGGAGAGUGAGAGACUCAAGGGCAAAAUGUUCUAAAAACAUACUACUUGGUACAAUAUACAUCCAUAGAGAAAUGAUAGCAUAAGAAGAUAUAAUAUGCCAUGGUUUGUAGAAUUCAUUGAAAGUUUUGUAUUAAAUUUGGUGUUGUAUAUCAAGUUGAGAUGAUACUGUAUCGUAUUGUGUUGAUAAUGUAUCAUGUGUGGUGAUACUGUAUCAUUUAUGGUGAUACUAAAGAGAAAAGAGAAUAUGGAUCCCAUGAUAUAGGAUCUAUAGGAUAUAUAUAGUUCAUGUUCCGAAUUUCACUGCUAACUGAAGCCGAUAGUCCUAUAGUGAGGUCCACGUUAUAAUGGCAGUGGAUAAAGAUAGAAGAAUAGCGAUGCCGAUUCUCUGCAUUAAUUAUAUUUCGACACUGUAAAAAACAUUAUUGGCAUCGUUGUGAACCUAUAAAAUGAUAGUACCACCGGCUUUGUCGAAUGAUAGACAAGGAUAGCAAAACCAAAGUUGAUCAAAUACUGUCAUUAUAACGUGGACCUCACUAUAAUUGUUUUUCGUGAAGCUAUAUGAUGCUGGUAGUCUCUCAUACUGUACCGUUCUUACACUCUCACCCGGCCAAAACAGUAAUAAUAGACAGCAAUCGGCUUGAGUUAACAAGAAAUCAGCUUGAAAUUUGGAACAAAAAUCCUAAACUAUAGAAUGUCUUCUUAUGCUAUAUUUUCUCUAAGAUACAACCUAGAACCUAAAAACCUCUCACCUGUACAGGUCACUAAGCGGUUGGCACACACAUUCUAGUUUUCCUGCCAAGGUUUCUAUAGAGGUAAACUACUUUGAAGAACCGUAACGUGAAUCUCUGCCCUCACAACUCUGCCUAUGCCUGGUCCAAAUGUUGCCUCAGUCGCUGACUCAGCCUGGUAAUGCCUAGUCCACAUCUCAUCAGAUCAGAGCUCAUCUCGUGGUAAACUAACUAUGGUUGAAUUAUUAACUGUGGAAAAUUGAAAGUAAAUAUUAUUCUCGUGUAAAGAUAAAUUCGACCUUGUUUUAUUUCACUGUGAGCCCCGUGUUUAUGAACAGUUCUAGAAAACGGUCUUAGCAACCAUCUAAUAGGAUCCUGAUUGGAUGCCAGGCAACCAAAGCGUGCUUGGCUAAGGCAGUUUCUAAGAACCAUUCAUGAAUACGGCCCUAAAUGUGUGGAGACAAAGCACUGUAUUAUAUUGCAUAAAGGUGCGUACAGAUAUACGCGCCGCGAACAUGAGCAAUUCACUUUUAAUCAGCUGAUUAUAUCUGCAUUUUUACAGAAACGGUAAGAUACAGAAAUAAAAAACUCGGCAUCAGUUGAUUAAAAGUGAAUUGCUCAUGUUCGCGGCGCGUAAAUCUGUACGCACCUUAACAGUGUCAAACCUUGUACCAAAAUUGAUAAAAUAUCGAUUGCAUAUAAUAAUAUUGAUUAAACAGACAAUCUUGUGCUUAUCAGCACUGAAAUCAUGAUAAUUUGAAAUUAUAACAAUGCAUUUAUUGUUACCAUGAACCAAGUUCAGAUUAUUAUUAUUGUUAUUGAACUUAAAAAUUAAAAAUAUUAGUAUUAGAAUAUUUCUUAUCUUCUCUAAUGUUUAUGUCAAUUUUUGAUGAUAUUAUAAUUUUGUUACAGUACUUCAAAUUUUUAGAUAGUUUAAAUUUUUUAGGAGAAAAUCACGUUUUUGUUGAUAACUAUCACUGUUUAAUGUAUAUUUAUAUUUGAAAUUUAUAGUUGAAUACAGGUUAUUUCCUGUAUUUAUACGUCAUGUUUUGUCGAAUGAUCUCUUUGCAAUGUAUUGUGAAAGAAGAAAUAAAAAUGUGUUUUUAUUUACA